AUGCCAUCACUCUUGGACAUGCCCAUUGAGGUGCGCUUCCUCAUCUACGAGCAUCUCUUCGCCGGCCAAAGAAUUACAUACAUUCCCACACAACCCUAUAAUCUGCGCAGCGCGAAAGCCGGGCAUCAAGAUCGCUGGUGGUACACAAAUCGUGGAGUGGCGGAGAACAAGCGAUUGUGGUUCAGAGGCGUAGAGAUCUUGUUGGUGUCAAAGCUAUGCCGCACAGAGGCCUUCCAGAUGCUGCAUCUCCACGCCAAUAUCAGUCUGACAUAUCUUGAAGAUCGUUCAUGGCGCUUGGCACCCAGCCCAAGCCUUACCAACAUCCUCAAUCACAUCAGAUACGUCUCGACAAGUGCGGAUUACACCAAGGGACGUGGCUUCCAUUCGUUCUUCAAACUCCUGAGAAAUCUCGAGAUUGUCAGCAUCUUCGACUUCGAAUUUGACCAUGCAGAAGGUCUGACCCGUGCCACGCGCCAAGGCCCGGCUCUGGCGCCAGACGGAAGCUUGACUCAAAUGAUGUGCGAUGCCACGAUUGCAUCUAUUUCCGAAUGCUUCCAAGAUUCUUACUCAGCCUUCCCUAGACUGAUUUCACACUGGGACGCUCGAGGUCGCACAUUCGCUGUCAGCGUCACUGGAGAAGGUUGUCGAUAUUGUUUCAGAGAUCUCAAAAGCUUCUACUUCCAUAUGGCUCUGUUGGUCGGAGCAGCUCCUGGGGCGCAGGCCUCCACGAAACUCUCAAGCACGCCAGUCAUGGUGAAAAUUGGCUGGAAUCACGAGGGCUCGCACCGAUGGAAGACCGUGAACACCGAGCUCGGCAAGAUGCUCGGCAGACGACUGGGAGGAUGA